AUGAGGGGACUGGGAGUGGCAGUGGUAGUGUUGCAGUUGAGGGGAGUGGGAGCGGCAGUGGUUGAGGGGACUGGGAGCGGCAGUGUUGAGGGGACUGGGAGUGGGAAGAUGAGUGAUUGGACUCCUCCGUGGGAUGUAACAAAUAUUGUCGUCUAUGUGCCAGUUUCCGAAUUUCGCGCAUGA